AUGGAGACCACGCGUGUCGGCGAAAAAACAUUGGAACUUAUCCGAACCCGUCUUUUGGAUGCAGUUAAAAAGGAAGCAGCGGCACUGGUGGCAGAAAACUUCGGGGGCCCCAAUGAUAUUGAUAGGAACUUCAAGGCCUUGUUCCAGGCAGAGCUGGGCCCCCACGAGAUAGCCGACCCAGAUCGAAACACUCUCUGCGACGACAAAAGGAACAUGUAUGAUGUGAUUGGGCAUAAUCCAACCAGCUGUCUAGACCAGAAAAGAUCCGUUGACCUUGCCGGGUUCGCUCGUGAGAAUCUUGUCGGUGUUUGGAGAGUGUUGGAAUACAGCAUGAUCGACAAAUCGAAUCGAAACCAGAAGAUGCAUCCGUGGGGACCUAUGAUUGACGGUCAGAUCAUGUUUUCUCCCAAUGGGUACAUAAAUGCCCUGGUUGAGAUUCCGGGGCAGGCUCCAUUUGGAGGCGAUGAGCCCUGGGCUGCAGGGGAAGCUGAGCUAGUCGAAUCAGCAAAGAGAUCAUGUUCAUACAGUGGAAAGUUCUACGUUGAGUGGACAACCCUCGGACCAACCAUGAUUUACGACCUUGACCUUUGCAAUUACCCUGUCUUUGCUGGACGAAAGUUUCGAGUAUUCCUCGACUUUGUAAAAAAGGACAACCAGCAAUACCUCGUCACGACUUUGACAAACAGAGAUAAUUGGACACGGCAGAAGCAUGAGGUCUUCCGCAAAUUGUAA